AUGGCCGAAGGCCUCGACUUGCGCGGCGUUAUUAACUGCGCGGCGAUGUCGUCGCCGGGGCAGUGCGAAGCGGCGCCCGAACUCGCGCGCCGAGCGAACGCGCCGAGAGCGUUGUGGAGCGCGAUUUCAUCCAUCGCGCAGUCUCGCGGCAAACAAGCGCCGCUGUGGAUACAACUUUCGACGGAUCACGUCUAUGACGGCGAACGGGCGUUGAGCGACGAGAGCACGGCGUGCGCUCCAGUGAACGCCUACGGCGCGAGCAAGGUGUUUUGCGAAGAGACGCUCGCGAAGGACUAUCCGCGGUCGAUCGUUCUGCGUUCGAGUAUCAUCACGGGACCCAAAGCGCCGUUAACGGACGUAGAGCGAACGUUGUUUCUAGAUUUCAUCGCAUCAAGCUUCGCCAAGGAGACGCCGACGACGUUUUACGACGACGAGUUCCGUUCGCCGAUUUGCGUCUUCGACAUAGUUCGAGUCGUGCGCACGUUGCUUCAGCGCCACGAUGAUUUGCCCGAUCGCCGGGUGUAUAACAUGGGCGGACCAGAUCGCGUGAGCAGAGUCGACAUGGCGAACGGCGUGGCGGAAUUCUUAGCCAAAGGCGACGCGGCGAUGGAACAGGUGUUCAAGUCAAAAAUUGCCGUCGCGUCGUGCGCCGAGGCCAAGGCGCUUCGAGGAGUCGCCGCGCCUCCAGACAUUUCCAUGGAUUCGCGCGCGCUCGUGCGAGAAAUUUGUCAAGACUGGGCGCCUCGAUCGUUCGAAGAACAAAUAGCCGUAGCGUUCGCGACGUAG